GUUAAAUAUUGUCAUUGAAUUUAUCAUCAUCUUUAUUCCUCUCCCCGUGAAAACACUGACGUCACGUACGAACGUUUUUACCUACCGGUACUUACGUGAGCAUAACUCAUUUGCAAUGCAUGACUUCCAAUCACAAGAAUGCGCAAUAAACAAAGUGGCAGAAAGGCCAAAAGCAUUAAUUUCAACUCACUAAAGCGACGCGACGCUUAACUCUGAGUGCGAGCGUUGCUUGUGGAAAGCAAAGGAAGUCGAAAUUGUUUUCUAAACGUGACUUUGUUCUUUAAUUCUGCAGGAAAGGGUCUCACUGCCACCAACCCGACAGGAUAGGUAAGCACAAUGAGUUACUUGACUAAAAGAAUUUGAAUUUUAAGUCACGCAUCAAAGUCAUAAACUGUCUUCUUCUAUAUGAUAUUGCUUUGAAACGCUCACUUGUUUGGAAACGUUCAUUUGUUUGCUCGCAUUGAAGGGACUUCUGUUUCUUCUAAUUUAACCAUGAGGUCUACACUUUUUUGUUUGAAUUUAUUAGCGACUUGUUGAGUUGCGUUUCUCUGUUUACACCUGGCAUGGUUAUAUUUACAAAGGUUUUAUCGCUUUCCAGACUGUUCAGUAUUGUUUGUUGUUAAGUAGAAAUUUGCGCACUUGCCUCGAUAACAAAGCUUUUGAAAAUGACCGCGCGCCAUUUCAGUUACGACUUCUCAUGAAAAGUAAUAAAAUUGACAAUUUCUUUUUGACGUUUUUCUUCAGCUCAAGAUUAACUGGCAUGAUGCUUUCAUUAAAAUAUUGUUUGUUGGGCAGAAGAGUGAUGAAAAUUAGACUUAAAUUUGCGACUCCAAGGGAGGCCAAAAAGCGGCACGUCUUCUGUCGCCCUUGUUUUUCCGUUCGAAUCUGUAAAAUCCUGCGUGGGUGCUUAGAGAAAAAAAAUUAAAACAACUCGAUCUUUCUUACGUUAUUUUAUUACUUUUGAGAUUCCAACGCCUACGAUGCAGGGGAGGUGUAGGGUAUUUUGGAACAUUCGGCCCAAGUGACGUAUUUAUUGCUCAAUAAAUAUACAUAUUAAUCUUUGAGCCGUUUAAUUGAUAUUCGCGUUGUUAACCUGAAAAUAUCGACUUUGUAAUCCAACCAUAGAUAUUAGCCUGAACACAAUCAAGAACAAUGGGUUUAAAAAAUAGAAAAAGAAAACAAACAGCUAACUUUUAAAAUGAAAAGCUGUGAAUCAGUUGGGAAAGAUGGAGUACUUUUAUCUUCAAACGCCAGCUGCUUUAAAUUAAUUUUUUGUAUUUAACUUAUACUUUUUAUGCAUAUAUAUCAUGUUUAUUACAUGGACCAAACUUGUUAGACCCCAAAACAAACAGGAUAUGAUUAUGAUCACUAAGAUGGGUUAGAGAACUUAAAAAACUACGUCCCUGUACUGGACAAGGUAGAAAAAUAUGGCAAAGUGCUGGUAGAGAUCCUCAAAGGUUCCCUGUUUUAUACAACCUAGAAACAUAUUUAUAUUUAUAUAAUUAUCUAUUUUUAAAAGCACGUGUGCCCGGCGGGCUUUUCCAGAGUAACGGACUCUAAGGAAGACAAAAAUCCCGACAGAAUUUGCGGUGUUGGAAAGAAUGGAAGGUCUUAAAGAGCCUUAAAGAAUACAAUAUCUUUAGAAUAUUUGAUUCUAAACGCGCUUUUUUAUCCUACAACUAUUAUGAACACAUGGCGAUUAAGUGUGUUGUAGUAAAAUUCUUGCAAUUAGAUGCUCUUAUUUUGUGGCGGGAGAAUGAAGAGCGAUAGCGUAAAUAUAUAUUUACUCUAUACGUAUAAAAUGUUCUCUGCAAACUGUAUCUUUCAUAAAUAGCAAAACGUUUCCGUAGUCUUUUCUUGUUCUUUAUCUUGCGAAACUGUGCCAUAGGUAACUCAAAGUUUCAAAAUUGACGGUUUUUGCAGAGUAAAAAAAAAAAAGAAUAUAUAUGAUAAAUUACAAUUAUUUUCAUGUAUAUUAUUCACGAGCCACCUCAAAUGUCUGGUAAUUACUUAGGUAACCUCGCAUGAAACUAUCUGUUUUUGAAGAAGUGAGUGGUUUUUUUUUUGAAGAUGUGUGUUUACAAAAGGUCGUAAUUUUGCGAGUCUUUGCGAGACUGGUAUAAAAAAAAAACCGGCUCGCGCUCACGUGUUUGCAACGAGGUGAAUAUUGAUAUACCUUUACACUGGUCUGGUUGUUUCUUUCUAUUAAUUCAAUGCUCGUACGGCAUAACGGUAUAUAUUAAGCUUAAAGUAUGGUUUCUGGUGUGCUAGCUUAUUUGAACAGCAAAGUUUGAAUACAAUGAGCUCAAAAAUAGACCAAUAAUAAGAAAGGCCUAUCAUUUUUUAAACUUCUUAUAAAAGUGUCUGUUCAUUUUGGAUCUGUUACUAUAUCACUAUCUCUAGAGUAUUGAGCCUUACGAAAUCAUCCCUGUGAAAACUACGCCCUCCGUUGGACAUUGGGAAAUGUUGAGAUGGCAGUGUUCCGACCAAACGGGGCUCUUGGAAACAUUUACGAUCGUGUUUAUUUCAUUUCGGUCUACUUUAAGCAACUCGCAUGACAAUGAAGUAAACAUAAGCAUAUUUAUCAAAGAAUUCUUCAACAAACACUUGAAUUGAAAGAUAUGAGCUUGGUUCAUUAAAAUACCACUUUAAUACCAAAGGGAUUAUUCAUAGUUUUCACCGUUUUAAUUUCUUGCCUAAAAAUACGGAAAAAAUUAAUAAAUCUACUUGUCAACCAAUUUGACGUCCGUGAAGCAAUAAUUGAAUGUUUCCUGUUCUUCAGUUUCUCUUAGAAACACACCUAGGUUCAGUAAAUUAGUGUCGAGACCACAACACUGCUGUGAUAAAUAAAACAACUUGGACCAUUUGUGGAUAGCAGUACCUCGAUAAGAAAUUCCCCAUUUUUAAUGUUUUCAGUUAAGACAAAAAAAAUCGGAGGAACUUUUUAAAUUCAUUUGCAAAACAAUUUUUGUCCUACUCGAUCUUCUUUGCAACCUGCCGGAACUUUUUUUUUUUGUUGAGAGCCGUAGCAAACAGUUUGUACUUCUUGGUUGCUUAACUUACCCAGAGUACCGAAAAUGAAUUGUAAUUUCUCAGGUUUUUUUUAUGAAAGCCUUUCAUGGAUGGAUAGAUAUCACCCUCCUUCCCGCCCUUAUCUGAAAAUGUGUUAAAAUUUCACAGAUCUGUCUUCUAGAGCCCUAAGUUUUGUAUAGCAUUGCCCUCAGAGUUCUUUAACCAUUAAAUAAAUAUUAUUCAAAUGGCUGGCAAUGCUCCCGGCCUCCUCUCUCUGAAUUUUCUGGAUUUUAACCCUUGCCUUUAACGGAAACUCCAAGCAGAAAAACCAUGAACUUAUGCAAUAUGAAUAAGCACCUGUGAAAAAUAUAACAUCAAGGGGUAUCCAUCGUGACAAAUAUGAAAGGAAAAUAUUUGUUUCACUUUGACAACGUUUGGAAAUGUGUAGAAUUAUAAUUGGCAUUAAUUAGGUAAAGAAUUUUUAGUGCCGAUAAAGUAUUUUAAUACAACCUUGAAAAACAUAUUGCCUAUUGUCGAUAUGACAGAAUCGAAAGUGAAAUUUGACAAGAAUUUUUGCUUUGUGUUUUUGACACGUUUUCUCUAAACUGUUAACAAAUUACUUAUGUACGAAUGCACCUGUGCAAUUAACUCUCACACUGAAGACCUGUAUCACUUAUCUUCCCGUGCAGGCGAAAAGAGCGGACUCUAUCGAUGGCUAUUGAAAGCGUUUCACUUUUCGCCAUCAAUAUUGAACUUGCUUUCCAGUUGCUCUAUAACCCAUUUGUGCAUGAAAUUCAGCGUGAUGUAAGAGAGCUUAAGCAUCGCGUUUACGGCAAACGUGAGAUUUAAGUUGACAAAUUUUCAAAAUGAGAAAUGAGCAGAUAAAAACAGCCCAAAACAAUUGUUAUGGAUAAAAUUGGCGUGAAUCUACCGACUUUCGUGUAGUCAUAAUGGAACAGUAAACGAUAAGAUGGAAAACUUGGUCACGUGAUACAAAUUCACGUUCGCCGUUCGGCAGUAAACGCGAUGCUUAAUCUCUGUUCUUUAAAAUGCCAUUUUAAAGCUACAAGCUCAGUUAACAUACCUACAAUUUCUUUUCACCAUUUUAGCCGUAGACAUUGAGAGGAAACGAUGACCAACAGAAGAACUUAUACCCAUUAUUCUCCACCCUCCACGCCGUUUUCGUUCACACAUGACAUGUUGCUGACUUAUUUGUACAGAAGAAAUGAAUCAAAUGGCCCAAGUGCGCUGAGAAAAACAGGCGACAAGUCUGUAAAAAGAGGUAACAUUAGAACUAUCUUUAAGCCGUCUCCUUUCCUUAGAGAGGUAAAUUUAUAGCCUGUGUAGUAUGCGCUUUAGACUGGGAACAAGGUAAGCGGUCCAUGCUAGGGACAUGAGGAGAAGAAUACGUUCGAGCUUGAUUUGUGCCCUGUAUUUCUCAUGUAGUUGCUACAUAGUCCAGUGCAGACGUAACCCUUUUAACCCUAAUAUCAAAAUUCAGAUUCCCUUUUGUUAUCCAUAUACGUUUUCUAUAGAAGUACUCGGGAUAAGCUGUAAAAAUAUCAAUUAAAUUCAUCUCGAGUGAUCAUUUCCUCAAUUCUUGUCACCGUUCGGUUAUAUAAGGCGGGAGAAGUUUGAUGCUGAUCACCCUUAGGGCUUAAAGGCCUAACAGCUCACCUGUUACAGUCAAAUCUCGUUAAUACGGACACUAAAGGGACCAUAGAAAGUGUCCGUAUUAACGGGGGUUAUGUUAUUAAAGCCAAAAAACACCUUUAAUUAAAACAAAAAACCUAAAGAAAUAAAAGAGGACAUAAACAUCGUCAAGUUAAACAUUUCUAGCCUUAAAAAGCCGUCAUUCCGCGGACUAAAUCCACGAAAGACCCCCAAAACGCUCAUCUGUACAUUUUUUAAUCAAAACUGUGCAGUCUCUGCAUAACUCGUUUGAUGCCAAAAUAGUUUGAAAUUGAUGUCUACAAAUCAUCGUAUGCGGUGUACUGUAGCGUUGAGAACAUCGACACGCUGUCAAUUGAAGGCUUUUUACCUUCAGAAAGUAAAAGUCUAUUACAGCAAGAAGCACAUAAUGAAUUGUCUUCAUUAACGAGGUUGACUUUCUAUGAGAAUCUGUUGAUUGGGCAAGAAACUAGUGUCCGUUGUACGCAUUAACGAGUGUCCGUAUUAAGUCGGUUGAAUUUAGAGAAAAUGUAUGGGCUUUUCCAGGGACAAAUAAUACUGUCCGUAAUAAGGAGGUGUCUGUAUUAAGCGGGUGUCCCGUAAAGCGGGGUUCGACUGUAUGUUCAAAACAAAAGGGGGACAGUUCUUUUUCUGAUGGUUUCAUUCAAAGACUAGCCUGCGAAAACAUCCGUUUCUCCGCGCUCUUCGCCGCGAAACGUCGCCAGCGGCGAAGAGCGAGGAGAAACGGAUGUUUUCGCAGGCUAUUCAAAGACUCAAAAGAUAAUAACCGUGUCAUACAAAAGGAACAGCUAGCGUGAAGGAGACUGGUGAUAAACUCGAAAUUCAGACAUUCUAAGUCAAAGACCUUAACCAUGUCGCUAGCUGGAAUUCUUUCUCGGCAGACUCAAGAGAGUGUAGCUCAUUCCCACUUGGUAGACUUGGUAGAAGUCAAUCCCAGAAAAGAGGCAAGGGAGCUGGUUUGCCAUUAUCUGAAAGCUUGGAACAGCCUUAGCAUGUUACAAUGAUUUUUUGUUUAACUUCUUAGUCCCCUGCAGUUUAGAAAAAUAUCAACACUGGUGCCUGUCCAACCUGACCCCUGGGAGUUAUUUUAAGGGAUGGUAGGCACCGCCCCUGGUCCCUAGGACUUUUCAGCCCGGGAACGAGGUUAGCAUCUCUUAUCCCUAAAAAUGAUUCCUAAAACACUUCUUUUAACAGGUUUAAUUUCGUCCUCUUUAAAUGCCUCGGAAAAGGCUGAGAAUAGGCUUAGCAACGCCGAGAAAUCCUGUCCAGAUGAAUUAGAGCUUUGUCCCUCACUUACGUCGUGUUUGACGUACGGAGUACGCACGAAACAGGUUAUACCAGAGGGAACGUGGAUGGGCCCGUAUCAAGGAACAAUUGUGACGCCUAAUGACGUUACAGGCGAUAUGGAUACGUCAUAUAUGUGGGAGGUAAGAUACGCACAACUUGUUUGUUAUUGUGUACAAGUUUUCAAUAUUAACUAUCAUCACAUCCAGGAGAGCGCUUACUAGGAUCUUUUUACUCGUACUAUAAGGAUGUAACUGUACGUGUGCCGAUAACAGUACUUGAGUAUUGAUCUCGGAUAUCAAUAUCAAUGCUGCACAAAAGUCGCCUUUUGAAAGCAUCAACAAACGGUAUAUCAAAUGCUGUCCUUGCGAGUGCAUUGUAACUUGAAAGCUGCAUUGGAUGAGUGGUUAGGACACAGAUUACUUCCUUUGAAAUCCAGGGAUCAAUUGUUUACGGACUUUACGUUUUAUGCCAAUGACCCUAUGGGAACCCAUCACUUACUUUCUUACUUUCUCCCACAUUUAUGCACAACCUGGUUCGGAGGCCCGUGAGGCAACAGUUCAAACAAGGGAUCUUGAAACUUAAAGCAACUGAAAAUAGCUCCGCCUGAAAUGACCCCAUUCUAGUUUGAUGCCCAUUUCUUGAAUGUCGUCACAACUUUUCGUGGUCCUCCUUGAUGGAAUUUCAUUAGCUAGAAGCAGCGGUACAGGUCGGUUUUACUCCGAAUAUAGGGCAGCUUUUAGUUUUUGAGCGCAGCUGCCGACACAAAUAAAACUCGAAACGUUAAUGCAAACAAUGCGCCUAUAAUACCUUUCAUGUCAUGCAAAGUUACCGAGACUGCAGGGCAGCACCUAGAAGGACUGGUAAUGAGAUUAUCUCGCCUCCUGCUCAUAAUAGUGAGUUCACGCAACAGGACGGCAAAACGCUUGUAGCUAAUAUAAAAGUUAAGAGUGCAACCACUGCUUUUUUUUCUCUCCCUCUUUCCAUUUCUCCUUUCCUUUCCCUUUGCCAGUGAGUGUGAUUUUUGAGCUUUUCGGGAGCAAAAAAACCGCCUUUAGCCCCUUUUCUUUCAAAAGGCUAUAAAUCUCGCAGUGUUCGUUUUCGAAAGAUCGGUUAGAUAUAAUGUAUGAUCAGAUUUUUGCCUUACUUUUGUAGAUUUAUGAAAACGAUAAAUUACUGCAUUAUAUUGACGGCAAUGACGAGAAUAAUUCCAGUUGGAUGCGUUUUAUUUGCUGUGCGCGACACAGGGGUGAACAGAAUCUUUACGCUUUUCAAUACAACAAAGAAAUUUACUACAGAGCAUUCGCUACCAUCCCUGCUGGAGAAGAACUUUUGGUGUGGUACGAAGAUACUUAUCCACAGUACAUGGGAAUACCUCUGAAUAUUACAGACAUUGGCAGGCAACUGGAUCACAGUGCAAGUAAGGGAUCUAGCAAGUGUACAAUUAAAGCACUCAUUUCUAUAGCCUGUUUUUAGUUUAACUAUUUUAAUUAAAUGUCGAUAUGUGAAGCAAAAAAUUAGGGAUGCACUCGCUGUAAGCAUUCGCAUGACUGUAUUCCUUCCGGAAAAUAUGUCCGUCGUUCUUCACAAAGAGCCUACGUGAUACACUCCCUUUCCCACCGAUCGGAACACCUUAAAGAUGCUUCGUCACGAUUUUAAGUAUUAUUUUAAAACCCUUAAUUAAUAUGAUGGUUCAGUUUUAUUUAAAAUUGCCCUACUACUAUAUGUUAACUAUACGUGUAUGACUUUGGGUUCUGAUGGCCAGGAUGAAAACGGAUUGCAAAUUGAAAGAAAAAACCUCAUCAUGAAAUAGCCCCCGAGGCCUUUCCGAGGAAAACGCAAUGAUAAAUUCGCCCUAUGUAAGGCAAUCCAGAGUCCGUAAAGGGAGGAACAUUUGCUUGUGGAAUCCGGAAUCCGGGAUAUUUUUUCUUGUGGAAUCCAGGAUCAUGAGCUUUGGAAUCUGGAAUACAGCUCAAGGAAUCCCGAAUCCCACUGAUUCUGCGAGCAAAAAGUUAUUGGAUUUCGGAUUCCGGAUUACCUUACACGGGGCAAUUAAAAGGAAAUUAACAGACCAGUAUCGUCCCCAGUCGUCUCCAAGUUGUCUCUACUCAUUAAUUAGGCCGAUUUAGCAACAGGACGGGAACGUCAGUUAACGACGGAAAGCCGCGCGGAAAAGAUUAAACACGACUUCCGGUGCCCGAUUUGCCGCUCUGCUAUUGGUCAAGCCACUUGUUUGCUCUGCGCGCGCUGUCGUCAACUGACGUUCCCGUUCGGUUGCUAAAUCAGCCUAUUAAUUACUAGGGAGGUGCUUGGGUGAGCCCGUUCUAGUCUUCCACCCCAAAUACUAAUAAUGAGAGACGACUGGGGACGAGUCAGUACCAGUAUGAAGUUUCUGUUCUUCCAUGUUCACCCUUAAUUACUAUAUGCAAUGGAUAUAUGACUAGAUGUCUUUGAUUUUUUGUUUUUUCUUUCCUCAGAUUGUCCUCAUCAUCCUGAUGCAGUCUCUCGAGUUGAUUCAGCGCAACAUUUCAAUUCAGAUUGCAAUUGGCGAAAUCAGGAGGCACCUAGAUUGCCGCAAAAACCUGUUGCUUCAGACAGUUUAAACUCAACAGUUUUCGCGCCACCUUUGAGGCCUGUUCACUACCGCACUCCUACCUUUUUCACCUCUGAUGAGUAUCAAAUUGCGCAUGUGCGAAGGGAAAAGACUUUUAAUUUGAGGGAUCAGUAUGGACAGCUAGUGCCAACCUCUAGGCGGAGAGCUAUUGUGAUUCAAAAGACUGACGAUGCACCGGAUCCCUUUUGCGUAUUAACUAGGGAGAAGUAAAGACCACAGCUUACAACCUCGCCCCCGAAAGAGCAAUGGGAACGAGGUUGCAUCGCAUACUACUACGCUAAAGGACACGGGGCAAACAUAUAAAGGAGGAAUACCGGAUCUUCUUUGUGAUUUUUCAACGGAAUUGCGCAAACUGAAAGGAUUUUCUUGGGUUCUCUUCUGUUUAAAGGCAAGAGCCCCCACCCUUGCCCGAGCGCCCACUUUUCAGUUAUGAGGCAGAUCUAGCUAAGACAACGUAACAUCAAAGAGAACGCUAAAUUGCGCGGAAAAAGACUGAACACAACUUCCGUUUCCUGACUCUUCCCCAGUCAUCUCUCAUUAUUAGUAUUUGGCGUGGAAGACUAGAACGGGCUCUUUCUGACUGAGAAGAGACAAGUUGGAGAUGACUGGGGACGAGUCAGUUCCGUUUCUCAAAUUGCCGCUCUGCCAAAGGCCAAUCAGGAUUUUAGAUCGGCGCACGCCGUCAAACGUUGUCUUUGCUAAAUCUACUCAUUGCCUGAUUCUCAGCGUGCUAGGCUGAAGACUAUUUAUUAGAUUCAUCCUUCGCGGCAAAAAACUAUCACUCCGCUAUAGAGCAGAGUAUGUAUUUAGAAAUGGUGGAUAAUAGCUAAUGAGUGUAACUCGCAGUGUAAAGCGAAGACAGUUGAACUGGUAGAAAAAAACUUGGAAGUAAGGAUAAAAAAGAGUUUUUAUGUAGAAGAUCAAACACCAUUUCUAACCGGAGCGAACAGUGCGAGAAAGAAAUCUAGACUGAAAGUCUGACGCGAUAAUGAGAUACUUUUUAGUAGCCGAAGUUUUAGGGAACCUCGUUCCCAGUGUGACAGGGUCUCUUACCCACGCUUCAGGGAAAGGGAAGAAGAGCUAGAGACCUUGGGGCCUGGGGGCGAGAAUGAGUUAAGGGCUCCUGUGUUAAGUCCAUAGAAUUUUCGCAAAGCUAUCAAAACUCGAGCUCUAUCGCAAACAACAUAGUCUUACAGGCAACAACAACUUUAAAUCCGCUUUUUAGUUUGUAAUAUCUUGACAACAGUACCGGUUUUCGAGUAAAAGCAGCGGUGGCACAAGUUUAUAACCUAGUGACAAAGUGUAGCGCAAAAGUGCAUGCUUCUUUACGAUCUCGUUUCCAGAGCCUUUCCUGAGAAUGAGAUUACUUUUAUAGUAAUCUACAACCCUUAAAGUUGGGUGGCAGGUUUAGGGGUAAGAGGAUUUUGCAAGAAUAAUCUUUCUGUACAUUCAUUUCGUUGUAAAUAUAGUUGUAUACCUUUUCUUUGUUUUUACUGUGUGAAAUCACGGAUAUUUUUGUGAACAUGAAGUGUUAAAAGCGCCUCGUCCAGUAUUUGGUGUUUUUGAGGGGUAUGAUUACAGCCUAAACGACAAUGCGCAAAAACCGCUAAACAUGCGCACCAGAACCACCGAUUAUGUUCCCGCAAAACUGGCCAUUCUUCCUCAUUAUUCGCUAGCCAAUCAGCGGUUUUUGCACUCUCUCAUUCUGAUUGGUGAGCGUCAGUUUCGCCUGGGCAUACUUGGUUAGGUUACGUCACGUUCUUUUUUUAAAACUAAAACGAAGUGUCUUCGCAUCAAUUGACUUCAAAAAUUAUGGACACAUUUUGUUUUAUUUAAGGCUGCAGUAUUUAGGCAUUGAGAUUGUUUCCUGCCGUCUGUUGCUACGGAUGAUAAGGAUGGACCUAGGUUUUAAAAACUUGAAAAAAUUGGUCCAACUUUUGUGUAUGGGUAAAGUCAAAGUCAUGGAGGGUCGAAAUAUUUCUCCAGCGUUUCAACUUGUUCAAGAAAUCCUAUAGUCAUUAGUUGGGGGUUGACCGCAUUUUAAAAUGAUAAUAUUUGUCUUGCAAUAUUUUUUAAAAUGAUAUUCAGUUUUCUUUUUGAAUUUUGAUUCCUGACACCAUUGAAUAGUUUACGCGAUUCACACCUACAACUGAUGAUUGCUCGGCACGCCGCGAAGCCACCCAAAGGUUUCCCUUGAUCAGAUUUCGAUUGUAGUUUUAUUAAAAUCUUCUUGAACAGCCUAAGACAGCCUAAUACUGAGGAAAGAGGAUCGAGGAAGAGGAAACACGUGAGUAUUUAAACAGCGCAAAGAAUCUUGGGAAGCGAAGAAAGAAAAAUAGCGACUGGUAGAUAUUCUAAUCGUAUAAGGGCAAAAUUGUGCAAUUAACGGCCCCUUUUUUCGUAGGUGCGGGGAGGUGAGAGUGCGGAUGACCUGAGGUCGCCUAAGAGCCCGUUUUUUGGACGUUACCCGCUUAGGUGGGGUAGCCUGCCUGUCCAUUGAAUUUGACCACGUUAACAUGAUAGGUAGGGUGACACCUCUCCUACCUGGGCCCCCCACCUCCAUGUUAACAGGCCCUAAUUCUGA